UUUUUCAAAAAAUAUUUAUUAACUGUGCCAAAACAGCUCGCAGGUGUCAUGGCGUAGGCGUGACGUCAUUCUUUAGUAAAUACGUAAUUAUUUGUACGCAUUGCGAAGAAAAUUAAAGAAAUAUUUAUUUAAUAUGUGUUAUAGAAACGAAUUUCAAAGUUUAUAAGUUGUGUGCAGUAUUGCAGUGUGAAUCCACAUAAAAAUAAUGCAUAAAAUUUAAAUUAAAGAUGGAUGGCCUAGAAUUGGUUUCUUCUAACAAGAUUUUUGGUGGUGACCAAAAAGUUUACACCCAUGAAUCUUCAGAGCUCCAAUGCAAAAUGAACUUUUCCAUUUAUUUACCACCUCAGGCAGAAGGUGGUGACGCUAAACUGCCUGUAAUUUUUUAUCUAUCUGGACUUACAUGCACUGAACAAAACUUUAUUACCAAGUCUGGUUUUCAAAGAUAUGCCGCAGAACAUGGUAUAAUAGUUGUGGGUCCUGACACUUCUCCUAGAGGAGUGAAAAUAGAGGGUGAUGACGAAUCAUGGGACUUUGGGGUCUCAGCUGGCUUUUAUCUGGAUGCAGAAAAAGACCCAUGGGCUAAACACUACAGGAUGGGAAGCUAUGUGAACAAAGAAUUGUAUGACCUUGUCAUCAAUGCUUUUAGUAAUGUAGUUGACCCAAAAAGGAUUGGAAUCAUGGGUCAUAGCAUGGGUGGUCAUGGAGCUUUGGUUUCAGCAUUACGAAACCCAGGUCAAUACAAGUCAGUUAGUGGAUUUGCACCAAUUUGCAACCCUAGUGCUUGUCCGUGGGGUGUCAAGGCUUUCUCUGGUUACCUGGGUGAGGAUAAAAGCAAGUGGGCUGAGUGGGAUGCCACCGAACUUGUGAGCAAAUAUGACGGCCCACCACUAACUCUUCUCCUAGAUCAGGGUGCGGCUGACAAAUUCUACAUUGAAAAACAACUAUUGCCUGAGAACCUUGUUCAAGCCUGUCGAUCCGCUGGCGUCCCUGUCAUAUUGAAGUUACGCGAAGGCUACGACCAUUCAUACUAUUAUAUCUCCACCUACAUAGGAGAACACUUUGAUUUCCAUGCUAAAAUACUUACAGCGUAAAAUAUUAUUCCAAAGGUUAUGGUCAACAAAAUGUUCUCAGAGGGUUAAUUGUUCUUAUUCUAUUACAGUUCUCUUUUUUUUACAAUUUUAUACCUCAGCUGCAUUUACCUGAGCUACAUAUAUUUUUGUACAUAUACUUAAGAAUAACAUAAAAAUAAAAGUUUAUGAAACUUU